CUGAAGAUGUUCUCGACGUCAUAAAUUUUGAAUAGUGAUCGAAACAAUAGUCCCUUCAUCAACAAAAAACCAUAAUACACAUAUAAUUGUCGCCGAUAUGUAAAGGAAUUUGGAAAACGUUUAAAUUAGUUAGUUUAUUUCUAGUAUCUAAACUAAAAUGGGUACUACGGGGCAAUCCAUUACGUUAGCUAAUAGUAUUAUUGGAGUCGGUAUACUAGCUAUGCCGUUUUGUUUUCAACAAUGUGGUGUGUUAUUAGCUACAUUAAUCUUAUUAUGCAUGGGUCUCGUUUCGAGAUUAUGUUGUUAUUUUCUUUUGAAAUCUGCUAUUAUCACGAGAAGGAGAAAUUAUGAGUUUCUUGCAUUUCAUGUAUUCGGUUCACCUGGUAAAAUGGCGGUGGAAGUUGGGAUUAUUGGCUUUCUAAUGGGCACAUGUAUAGCAUACUUUGUGGUAGUUGGUGAUUUGGGACCACAGAUUAUAUCAAAAAUGUUCAAUAUUAACCAGAGCGACAUUCUGAGGACAUCAAUAAUGGUUAUAGUUUCAUUAGUUUGUGUUCUACCGCUGGGACUCCUGAGGAAUGUGGAUAGCUUGAGCAAUGUCAGUGCGGCCACUAUUGCAUUUUACUUCUGUCUAGUUAUGAAGGUAAUAACAGAAGCGGGGUCACAGAUGCUAGCAACUGACGCGCACAACAAAAUUGAAAUGUGGAAACCUUCGGGCUUACUGCAAUGUGUGCCCAUUUUUUCCAUGGCGUUAUUUUGCCAAACACAAUUGUUCGAGAUAUUCGAGUCGAUGCCUUCACUGUCGCUAGAGAAAAUGAACGUGGUGACAAAGAAUGCGAUCAAUAUUUGCGCAGCUGUAUAUUUCACGCUUGGCCUCUUUGGUUAUAUAGCUUUUGGAUCGCAGGAGAUUUCAGGGAACAUUCUAAUGAGCUUAAGUCCAACAAUGGCAAGUGACGUCAUUAAACUGGGUUUUGUUAUGUCGGUGGCGUUCAGUUUUCCACUCAUUAUAUUUCCGUGUCGAGCGAGCCUUUAUUCCUUCUUGUACAGAAAAGUACACCCAUCGCAUCACGACCAUAUCAUUAACCAUUCGAUUCCAGAGAGCACAUUCCGUUGCAUAACAGUAGCCAUUAUAGCUGUAUCUUUAUUCAUAAGUCUGUUACUGCCUAAUAUUGAGUUAGUAUUGGGUUUAGUUGGAUCCACUAUUGGAGUUCUUGUAUGUGUGGUGUUUCCAGCCGCUUGUUUUAUUAACGUCACUUUUAAGAACACCAAUGAAAGGAUACUAGCAAAGUUUAUCUUAGUAUUGGGUCUUAUAAUCCUGGUCCUCGGAACGUAUGCGAAUUUGCAAGCUGCAGAAAAUACAAGGGACAAGUAUGAUGAUAAAUAUAUCACUCAGGAGCGUAUUGACAAAAUAGUUGAAGAUUUCUUUGAGAAAAUGGAAAAAGCUGAACAGCUUAAACCAGUCAUUAAUAAACCAAAAAAAGAUGUUAAUAAUGACAUGGGAGGAGGUUCUGUUGCAUUACCACCCAACCCAAUUCCACCGGAAUCCCGAUCAAAUGAAAGAAAACUUGCUCCAAUAGAAACACAAGAAAAUAAGAAGGACAUUAUACCCGAUGAUAAGGAAAAAAUAAAUAAAGAAUCGGAAGAACAGGCACAAAACAUUGAAGAGAAACUCAACGAGGUUAAACUAGCAAACGGUUAUAAUAUCCAAAAGAAAAAGGAAGAAAAAUCAAAGGGUGAAAUUAAAAUAAAUCAAGAAAAAAUAGAUAUGAUGAAAUCGAAUCAAGAGAAAAUAGAUAUGAUAAAACAUCAACAACUAAUGGAAACUAUUAAACAGCAUGGCCAAGAACAAAAGGAGUUAAUCAAAGAACAGAAAGAAAUUUUGGAUGAGUUGAGAAAGACAAAGGAUGAAAUAGAAAAGAAUAAAAAAGAAGUAGAUAAUGCUGAAGCAAAAAAGAUUGCUGUUGAAAGUAUACAGAAAAUAGCAAAUAUGGCGAUACAAAGUCUAACAGGAGUAACAGAUACGCCCGUUGAGCAAAUAAAUGGUGACAAAAAAUCUGAACCAUUAGAUAAAAUUUUUGAUAACGCUGUUAAUGAAAUAGCUAAAAAAGCGGCGGAAACUUUAAAUGUUAUUAAGAAAACUGAGGAUGUCAAAGAAAAACCGGAGCCCGAUAACAAAGUAGAAUCUGUCGAUCGUAAGAAUAAUGAGCCCGUUUUAAUGAAAAAGAUCGAAUCGACAAACAAUAUAGAAAACGUUGUUAAUGAAAAGCAGAUUAAUAUAAAGGAACCUGAUGCAAACAUUGUGAAUAACAAUAAAAUUGAAAAGAAAGACAAAGAUACUGUCUUGGACAAAAGCAAUCCUCAAUCAAAUAUACCACAAAAUGUAGCUUCUGAGAUAAAAGCAGGUCCCAUCGUUGAGAGUCUUCAAUUAAACGGACAGCAAAAUAAAAUAAAUUUAGCGAAAUUAAGUAAAGAUGACAAAAAUGAGAUUGAAGCUGUUGGCAAAGCAAAACAUAUUCAUACUGCAGAUGAACCUCAAUCUUACAAGCAGGGUGAAGAUACCCAAAUACAGCCUAAACCAAAACUAGAUAAAACUGUAGGCAACGUUCCUUUAGCAAUAGCGUUGAGUGAAAGUUCUAAAAUUAAACAAGAACACAUUGAAAAAUAUAAAGAAAAACCUAAUGAAAAUAUUAAAUCAAUUGUUGAAUCUACUAAACAAAAUGGUGCUGACACAGAAAAUAAAGUUGAAAUGAAAGAAAAGAUAGAGAACUCCCUUUUGAGACAGAAACGUGAAGUAGUGGACUGUACAGAAAAAACAACUUUGAAACCAGAAGAUAAGCAGAUUUGUGAAAAUCUUAUAGAUAAACCAGAAAUUAAGAAAGAUACAGUGGAAAUUUUACCAAAGGUUGAUUUAAAUGAUAUUUUAUCUAAAAGUUUGCCAAUGAACAUAAUUCACAUACGAUCACUAAAAAGUUAUGAAGAAAACGAUAAGAUUUGAAGCAUAUGUUGUGAGAAAUACCAUUUCAAUAUUAUUAAUUAAGGCAUUCAUAAACUAUUUAUUUUAUUAAUAUGAUUUGUGUUUUUAACUAUAUAUAACAAAAGGUUACUAAUGUGCAAAUUUUCUGCAUUUAUGUUGUUAUAGUUGUAAAAUAAUGUUGUGGUAAGUCUGUGAUCUCAUGAAAUCAAAAUUAAUAUAAUAAAUACCACGAAAGCCUUCAUAAUCAUCCUUAGGUUAAUAUAUUUUGUGGAUGUGUUAUACCAUUGUAUGUGAUGCGAUUGACUGAUUGUGUUGUAAUAAAUAUAUUUUAAUAUUUAUGUAAAA